AAGCUUCUACUUGGUGAUAAGGUAAAGCCCAUAGUAACACGGUGCCCUCUUCGCACCUCCCUCCCUCCCUGUAGCUCUCCCCCCCGCCCCCUCUCUCUCUCUCUCUCUCUCUCUCUCCAAUGGCCGCCGCCCCGGUAUUCAUAGACGCCUUCACUCUCCGAUCAAUCCUCACCCACAAGUCCCUCAUUCACCAUCUCCAAUCAUCCCUCCCCGCGAUCUCAUCCACUGUCCACGCCCCACUCCGCCAAUCCCACUCUCUCUCCCCUUCUUCCUCCCUCCUCCUCAUGCCCUCCUGGUCCUCCUCCCCUUCCCUCCCCUACAUCGGCGUCAAGCUCGUCACCUACUUCCCCCAAAACUCCCUCCUCCACCUCCCCGGCGUCCACGCCUCUUACGCCCUCUUUCACUCCCUCACCGGCGCCCCCCUCGCCACCAUCGAGGGUUCCGACCUCACCCUCUUCAGAACCUCCUCCAUUUCCGCCUUAGCCUCCCUCUACCUCUCCAAGCCCGAUGCCCAAGUCCUCCUCAUGGUCGGAUGCGGCUCCCUCGCGCCCCACCUCGUGAAGGCGCAUCUCGCGGCGAGACCCAGCUUGAAGAAGGUUCUGAUUUGGAAUCGAACGCCGGAGAAGGCGACGAGGCUGGCUCGAAAUUUGGGGGAAGAAGGGGGAUUCGAAGGUGUGGAGUUCCAGAGUUGUGGGCGUUUGGAGGAAAUUGUGGGAUUAGGGGAUAUCGUGAGCUGCGCGACGAACUCCGAGAGCCCGCUGGUGAUGGGGGCGGCUCUGAAGGCCGGUGCGCACCUGGAUUUGGUGGGAUCGUUCAGGGAUUGUAUGAGGGAGUGCGACGAUGAGGCGAUUAGGCGAGGGAAAGUGUUCGUGGACAACGAGGCAGCGUUGGAGGAGGCGGGGGAAUUGGUGGGUGCUUUCGAUCGGGGAGUGAUAUCGCGGGGGGAGAUCGCCGGAAAAUUGGUGGAGUUGAUCGGAGGGGAGAAGGUGGGAAGGAAGGAUUCGGAGGAGAUAACUGUGUUCAAGUCGGUCGGUUCGGCUGCGGUGGAUCUCCUUAGCGCGCAGUUGGUGUAUGAGACCUUCAUGAAGAGGAAGGCUUAGGGCUCGGAGUGGAAUUUUAUUAUACUGAUUUGUGAGUUUUGUUUUGAAUGUUAAUGUAUAGAAUAAGCUUGUACUCAUGUACACUUUGUUUCAAUGAGCAAGGUUUAUUUUAUAUAAUAAACUAUAAAAAAAAAUGAGUGAUUUUCUUA